AUGAAAGGGUCAGACACGCCUAACAAGUUAGGGCUUAGUGGUCAGCAGAGACUGGAUGAACAUGAACGGUUCUGUAGUUUUAAAAAACCUUUGCGCCUGGACCUUUCCUCUGACAAGGAAAUCUCCUUCAAAAACCCUGAGAGAAGCCAGAAAAAGCGGUUCGUGAUCUACGCCGACUUUGAGGCUUAUCUCAAACCUAAUGAACAAGACCCCCAAUCAGAUUCCCCUAUUACCCACACACAUGUCCCGUACUCCUAUUGCUACCUUGUUAAAGACUCUGAGGGUGUAUUUACGCAAAUCCGCCAGUACAGAGGUCACGAUGCUGCAAAACAUUUUGUCAAAUCCAUAAGAAAAGACGUUUUGCACAUUGGCGACAUCUUGUAUGGUGACAGGCAAAUGACUCCGCAACUCUCCCCUGAUGAAGAGGCUUCGUUUCAGGCAGCAACGCAUUGCCACAUUUGUGGUAAAGUGUUUACAAACGAAGACCUCAAGGUUAGGGACCACAUGCAUUCCGCUCCCUAUAAGUUCCGAGGUGCUGCCCACAACUCGUGCAACCUUAAGUUUCACGAGCAAAACACCAUAAAUUGCUACUUUCACAAUCUCUCGUACGACUCUCACUUUAUCAUACCAGAACUUGACAGUGAUGCCGGUGAAAUUUCAGUAAUCCCCACUUCCGAGGAAAAGUACAUUAGUUUCACAAAGUACGUUCCCUUUAAAAAAGCCAACCGUGGAGUACUAAAACUUCGUUUCCUGGAUAGUUUGAGAUUUCUCCCAUCUAGUUUAUCAAAGUUGGCUGAAUCCCUUCCUAAAGAUUGCCUUAAUGAGACCAGGAAACGGUUCCCUGUAGAUGAACAGUUCGAGCUGUUAACUCGGAAGGGGGUAUUCCCAUAUGAGUAUGUCUCUUCCCUUUCAAAAUUAGAUGAAACCAAACUCCCCGAAAAAGUCAAGUUCUACAGUAAAAUGUCCCUCGAGCACAUCUCAGACGAAGAGUACAGCCACGCUGAGAAGGUGUGGCGUACCUUCAAUGUAAAAGACCUCGGACACUAUAGUGAUAUUUAUCUCCUCACUGAUGUUCUGUUGCUCGCAGACAUCUUUGAGAAUUUCCGGCAGACUUGUCUGCAGACCCACCAGCUUGACCCCGCCCACUACAUCACAUUACCUAGUUUCAGUUGGGAUGCAAUGUUAUUCAAAACUAAUGUAAAACUAGAGACAGUUCAGGAUCACGAUAUGUACCUCUUCUUUGAAAACAGCAUCAGGGGAGGGAUAUCACAGGUUUGUAAGCGAAGGUCUAAAGCCAACAACAAACACUGUGAUGGUUACAAUCCGUCCCUUCCGUCUAAAUACAUCACGUAUGUAGACGCUAAUAACCUAUACGGUUGGGCCAUGUCACAAUAUCUACCCACUGGAGGCUUCAGUUGGCUCAAUCAAGAGCAAAUCGAUAGCCUAGAAGUGGAGUCUUUGCCCGAUGAUGCUGACGUAGGCUACAUCUUUGAGGUUGAUGUUGAAUACCCUGAAUCCCUCCAUGGACCCCACAGAUGUCUCCCCUUCCUUUGUGAGAGAAAAGUCCCUCCAGGCGGAAAGAUGUCCAAAUUACUUACCACUUUAGAACCUAAAAGUAACUACAUUGUACAUUACCGUAUUCUGAAACAGGCACUAAACCAUGGUUUAAAGCUAACCAAAGUUCACAGAGCCCUUCAGUUCAAUCAGUCUCCGUGGUUGAAACCGUACAUUGAGCUCAACACGAACCUACGUAAACAGGCCAAGAACGAUUUUGAAAAAGAUCUUUUUAAAUUGUUUAACAAUUCUGUUUUUGGGAAAACGAUGGAAAAUUACCGUAAACGUAUGAACUUCAAACUUGUGUCUGACAACAGAAAGCUGGAAAAAUGCAUUGCUAAGCCCAACUUUCUGUACAGCACAAUAUUUACUGAAUCAUUGGCUGGUCUCCAUUUGGCUAAAACAAGCAUCGUUCUUGAGAAGCCUCUUUAUGUAGGUUCCUCCAUAUUAGAUAUUAGUAAGGAGCUUAUGUACUGGUUCUUCUACGAUGUGCUAGUAAACGAGUUCGGUGCGGAGAACGUGAACUUGUUGUACAUGGAUACAGACAGUUUUAUCCUUGAACUGUACACUGCAGACAUGUACGAAAAGUUCCGAUCGAUGAUGCAACAUCUCGAUACAAGCACCCUCAACAAAGACAACCCAGCUUACAGUCCUACGAACGCCAAGGUGUUAGGAAAAAUGAAAGAUGAGAUGAACGGGCUUCGGAAAAUCCAAGCUCUAUCCUUAAACUUCCAUGACGAAUCAGGUUCCAGUGGCUGGUGGCAUUGGCAGAAAGGUCAGGUGUCAGAUCAAACGCCAUUAGACAGUUACCUUUAG